GAUGGUGGCGCCCGGUGGUGCCAUGAGCGAUUCUGAGAGCUGCAGCAGUAGCAACAGCGAUGCAGAGGAGCUGGAGCGAUGCCGCGAGGCAGCGAUGCCCGCCUGGGGGCUGGAGCAGCCCCCGCAAUGGACAGAAAAACCUAGAACCGAUGCUGCAAGUAAACAGGUGCCGGCGUCCCAGCCAAGCCACAGGCGCGAGGUGAACAAGCAUGAUGGAGAUGGCAAUGAGCUUCAGACCACACCUGAGUUCCGAGCCUUUGUGGCCAAGAAGCUUGGAGCCAUGCUGGACAGCUCCAUCGCUGUCUCAGAAGUGUGGAAGGAGCCAUGCAGGGCAGAGGUGCAGCCCGUGGCAGAGGCGGAGGACGGCUUCCGCCUUUUCUUCACAUCUAUCCCCGGAGGCCACAAGAAGGAAGCUUCUCCGAAACCCUGCCGAAAACGCCAGGCCCCCAGCUCCAGCAGUGAUGACAGUGACGAGGAGUGGCAGCGGUGCCGGGAGGCAGCUGUGUCUGCUUCGGACAUUCUCCAGGAAUCAGCCGUACACUGUGCUGCCAAGGUGGAGAAGGAGGCGGAGAGGAAGAAAUUGAAAAAGAAAGCCAAGAAGAAGGCUGACAUUGACUUAACUGGAGCCACAGGCCUGAAACAGGAAAAGGAGGCAGGCGCCGUCAAUAGGGACCCAGCAUCACUUGGGACAAAAAAGAAGAAAAAGAAGAAAAAGGCCAAGAAAGCCAGGGAGGCUUCCCCGCGCCCACCGGCAGAGUGUGCAGCAUCUGGGCCUGAAGACUGACUCCAGGCUGAGGCAUCAUGGCCACCAGCUCUUGAGGAUGAGGCGCCUGUGGAGUCCAGACAAAGCUAAGCUGCUCUCCAGGUCCAGCACCACCUCCGCCCACAGUGACUUUAGCUGGGCUUGCCCACGAGUCCAAAGGAGUGGAUGCCUGAGCCAGAGGGUGGGACUGUGGUUCCAGAACAUUCUAUUACCUCAGGAUGGAGGGCGCUUCCAGUUUUUAAGACUGAGUCUUAGAGCAUCCAUCUCCCCUACCUGCCCAGCCAGGUGUGACAAGUGGUCUUUAGAAAUGAGGGGAAGGGUCUCCAGGGUAAGUUUGUACCCCUCCCCCAGCCCACACAGACUCAACAACGUUGCCAGGAAAAGAAGGAAAGAUAACCCCCUCCUUUUUUCCCCAGAAUUUUCUUACUCCAAAAUUUUUAAUAUACCAUCCAUAAAAACAUG